AUGGGAGUGACUAGAAGAGACAGGAUAAGGAAUGAAUCAAUUAGAGAGGAUUUGCAAGUGGAAUCUUUAGAAGAAUUUAUUGAGAGGAGACAACUGGAAUGGUGGGGACACUUGAAUAGAAUGGAGGAGGAUACAAUGACGAGGAGAAUUUGGGAUGCCAAAGAUGUCAGAAAGAGGAGACGGGGAAGACCAGAGAGAAGUUGGGGACAAGUCAUUGCGGAGAUAUUGAAUAAGAGGGGAACGAAUAUUCCGGAAGCUAGACGCAUAUCAUUGGAUAGAAAGAAAUGGAGGGAAUAUAUUCAGAUGUAG